AUGAGAUUGGCGUUUAUGCUUCUGAGGGUCGUGUCCACUCUCUUGUUCAUAGGAUCGAUCGGUGUGAUCGUACGCCUGCAUAAUUCACUCGUGUUGACCCCCGGGAGACAACGUUCGAAGCUGCAAAAGCAGGGGAUUCGAGGUCCCCCGCCGUCGAUCUUGGUCGGUAAUCUGCUGCAGAUGGGGAAGAAGACAGAGUCCAAGGAUUCGAGCACCACACUAGACGGAAAACAAGCGAUAACCCACAGUUGUUGUUCCGAUGUUCUACCGUUUCUUGACAAGUGGAGACGGCAGUAUGGUCCGACAUUCUUGUUCUCGAUGGGGAACAUACAGGUUCUGCACAUGAGCCACCCGGACAUCGUGAAGGAGAUGUCCGCAGACACAUCUUUUGACAUGGGAAGGCCUUUUUAUCAGAAACAAGGGCUUCAUCCACUGUAUGGAGAGGGGAUCCUGCAUGCAUAUGGUGCAGUAUGGGCACAUCAAAGGAAAGUAAUGGCACCUGAAUUCUACUUGGACAAGGUCAAGGGUAUGGUGACAUUAAUGGUCGAGUCAGCGGUUCCGGUGAUAAACGAGUGGAACCGUGAGAUUGAAUCCGCCGGAGGAGUGGCGGACAUAAAGAUCGAUGAGUAUUUGAGGAACUUUUCUGGAGAAGUGAUAUCAAGAAUCUGUUUUGGAAGCAAUUGUAAAGAGAUAAUCUCAAAGCUCAGAGCACUUCAAGAAAUUGCAUGUAAGAAAGUAGCCUUGCAAGGGAUUCCUGGGUUAAGAAUCCUACGCCCAUCCCUACAUGUAAUAGAUCUCUACCAACCAAAAAGCAAUAGAGAAAUGUGGAGAUUAGAGAAAGAAAUUCACACAUUAAUCUUGAAAGAAGUGAAAAGAAAUGAAGAAACGGAUUCAGAGAAGAACAUAUUACAAAUGCUCAUUGAGGUAGCAAAGAACAGUUAUUUAGGCCAAGCUGAAACAGACAACUUCGUCGUCGAUAACUGCAAGAACAUAUGCUUUCCAGCCUACGAAAAUGGCGCGGUGCCGGCAAUCUGGACCUUGAUGUUAUUAGCUCUCUAUCCGGAGUGGCAAGACAAAAUUCGGGCAGAGGUUCUCGAAAUUUUCAAUGGCCAAUUGCCGAGCUCCGCCAUGCUUAACAAGAUGAAAACGCUAACGAUGGUGAUCUACGAGUCGUUGCGGCUCUACCCUCUCGGCUGCAUGCUUACUCGAGAGGCGGUUCGAGAAACAAGAUUCGGAGGGGUCGAUGUGCCUAAAGGGGUUAGUAUUUGGGUGAUGAUGAUGACACUUUACGAAGACCCCAACAUUUGGGGAACUGACGUCCUUAAAUUCAACCCCGAAAGGUUUGGGAAUGGAAUCAAUGGGGCAUGUAAGGUUCCGCAUGUGUACAUACCCUUUGGCACCGGGCCUCGUUCAUGUUUGGGGCAGCAUUUUGCCAUGGCGGAAAUCAAGAUAAUAAUUAGUCUUUUAGCGUCGAACUUCACCUUCUCGCUAUCACCCAAGUAUAGACAUUCUCCGGUUAUGAAUUUAAUUAUUGAGCCUGAAUUUGGUGUAGAUCUCCUUGUUCGGAAGGUCUGAGGUCUUUCAUUACACACUUUAAGUAUUCCAUUUUGUUGAUGUCGUCCAUUUCUACCUUGGACUUGUUUCCCACAACAUUUCUUACCUCUUGUUGGACUUUUUUCAGCACAUUUGGAUGCUUUAGUAGCUCAGCCGUUCCCCAUUCUAUUGUUGCUUUAGUGGUAUCAGUUCCUCCUAUGAACAUAUCCUGAUGUUAUCAAAAUUAAACACUUUAGAU